AUGCGAGGCGAGCUCAAAGCGAAGAUGCCGAGAUUCCAGGUAGCUUUCCAUACGGCAAACACAAGUGUCCGAGCCCUCACGUUGGAAAUACAGACCCCACAUGAGCAUCCAUCAUACCACAGAAACAAUGCAUUAAAGCCGGUCCUUCACCUCUUGCGAACAAUCCGGCUUUGCGAAACCAUGUCGUCACAAACAGAGUGGCCCCAGUCCCUCAAGGACUUUGCCAAUCGUGCUUUCGCCGCUUGCACGGAUGUCAACCGCAAAGCCGUGUCCGAGGAGCUUCGAGCGCUCAUCUUUGACUCGUUCCAAAAUGGCACCAUCCACACCACCGACUGGACCAAUGCCACGCUCAAGAGCUUAGGGGCUCCGUCCGCAUCCACCAAGAAGUCGCUUUUGAAGAAACGAGCAGCUCCCUCCUCGACAGCGUCCGCGAGCUUGUCUGCAUCCGACUUGGAAGAGCAGCAGAGGAAAGAGAAGCGCGCAAGACGCUUCGAGAAGGAGCAACAAGAGUUCAGGCGCCAGGAAGACGAGAUGCUUGAAACAGCCAUUGCGUCCACCAGUCUAGCAUCAAGGUUUGGCGGCGGCAGCGCUGGCCAACCUUCGUGGUCUGCAGCUGCAUCAGCAGCAGGCACCGCGCGCCUCAACGGCAAGUCCAAAUACGGCGCGCAGACACCGAUAGGUGGGCCACAUUUCACAGACACCGAGGUAGCAGAUCCCAACGUCAUCGACUGGGACGAGCAUACCGUCGUAGGCACCAGCAGCAAGCUCGAAAAGUCCUACCUCCGCCUCACAUCAGCUCCCGACCCCAAAACCGUCCGUCCGCUCUCUACGCUCGUGCAGACUCUCGAGCUGCUGAAGAAGAAAUGGCGUACCGAGAACAACUACUCGUACAUAUGCGACCAGUUCAAGUCGAUGCGACAGGAUCUGACGGUGCAGCGCAUCAAGAACGAAUUCACCGUCAAGGUGUACGAGAUCCACGCACGAAUCGCGCUCGAGAUGGGCGACUUGGGCGAAUACAACCAAUGUCAGAGCCAAUUAAGAGGACUGUACGCGUACGGUAUCAGAGGCAGUGCCAUGGAGUUUCUGGCUUACAGGAUCCUAUAUCUUUUACAUACCAAGAACCGCAGAGACGUCAAUGCAUUGAUGGCAGAACUGACAGAAGAACACAAGGCCGAACCAGCAGUCGAACAUGCGCUUCAGGUGCGCGCCGCACUGGUGACAGGCAACUACCACUCGUUCUUCCAACUGUAUACAGAUGCACCCAACAUGAACGCCUACAUCAUGGAUCACUUUGUCGAGCGCGAACGCAUCAACGCUCUUCUCAUCAUGUCCAAGUGCUAUCGACCAUCGAUCGCGCUAAGCUUCAUUGCCGAAGAAUUGGCGUUCCAAGAUGUGGCAGAAGCGGAUGAGUUCCUGUCAGCAAAAGGCGCCGCUGCUUACGUCGAACCUACACCGGCCGAACUCGCUGCACUGGCACCACAGACGAACGGCAAGAAGAAAAAGUCGAAAGCGAUACCCAGCUUACCGUUGGAAAAGCGUCAGUGGGAUGCCAAAGCCGCAAUGCAGCCACUUACGGAUGCGAUACAGAAGUUCCGGAAGGAUAACGGAACGGCAGACGUCCAGCUGCAAACAUCCGCCGAACGGAUACAGCAUUUCGUGGGAAAGUCAUUCUCUUCCAGCAACAGCACAGAGAGACCCCCAUACGCAAAAACCUUGUCGACCAUGUCGUGGUUCUCCUCACAAUGGAAUCGUUGGUCGAAAGAGGCCAAUGGACCAUCUCGUUCGGGUAGCGAUGGUGGACCUAUUCGUCGGAUCGAAGUCGUCUGGGGUCGGGAAAGACUGCAAAUUGUGCUUCCACGAACCGCCGAACCAGUAACCCUCGGUCAUCUCCGUCACGAGAUCGCAUCGAUAACGUCUCUACCCUUCGACAAGAUUAAAUUGAUCCAUCGAGGACUCGUGAUGAAAGACGAUCGACUGCCUCUCACAGCGUACGGUCUUUCGGAAGGAUCACGAAUCGGUCUGGUCGGAAGCAGAGAGGAAGGCGACAGACCGGGAGCAAAGACCUCUGUGGGGAUGGGUGCGUUGUCGGUAGGCGAGCAGAAGGCACGUGAGAAAAAGGCGAGGGAAGCCGACACGAGCGAGCAGGGGUUGAUGUCGAGGAUCACGGAGGCGCUGGAGACGAGCAGAAAGGAGCUGUUCCCGGAGGUGGAGCAGGUGGAGACGGCGAUUGCCGGCCACUUGGAAGGGAAGGAGCAGACAACGACAGAGGCUGAAGCGGGAACGACGAUCGGAGGAGAAGGAAAGGGAGAGAAUAAGGCGGGAGGCAUGUCGUAUGCGCAGAUCGCAGACGCACAUCGACGGCUGUCGGAACUGCUGCUGAGACAGUUGCUGGCUUUGGAUUCGGUCAACGUGAACAGCGAUACGACAAGACAGGCACGAAAGAUCGCAGUCAAGGAGGUUCAGGCACAUCUCGAUCGACUCGACGCUGCAUUUUCCAAGUACAAGAGCGCUCACAAGUAG